CAAACGCCCUCCACCAGGCCACCUUUUGCUUAAAGAAUUCUCUCUUCUGAAUCUCUCAAAGACUUCAAUGGAAUAUUACAGCAGAUCAAGGUCAUAUGGCAAUGGGAUGAUGAAGUUGGAUACCUACCAGGAGGCACCACCAAGGCCAGGUUCCUAUGAGCUAAGGUCCUAUAGCGUUUCCUAUGCACAGUCCCGGAUGGCGGCCAACACCAGGGACUUCAAGUUGAAGAAAGUGAAGAGCACUUCGGGUUCGUCUUCUUCAAGAUCGUGGACCUUUGGUGACCCUGAGUUUCAAAGGAAGAAAAGGGUUGCUAGCUAUAAGAUGUAUAGUGUUGAAGGUAAGGUCAAAGGGUCCUUGAGGAGGAGCUUCAGGUGGCUUAAAGAUAAGUACACAGAAGUUGUUUAUGGCUGGUGAUGAUUAUUGCAAGUUGUUAUGAUCCUUUUCUUUUAUGCUUGACCUUGCUUGUAUCCAAGGUAUGUAAUGAUAAAUGACUUGAA